CGAUUCCUUUGAUCAAUAGCGCUAUGGCUUCCAAAGCUGCAGAGCUGCCAUUCCCAAACCGCGUCCCCAAAACUCCUGCAGCAAGCUAUGGCGGUCGGAUUCUUUUGGAAGAUUUCAGUGAUAAGGCCAGAAAAAACAGGCGGAGAUCACUGAGCUCUGUCUCAGGAUACCUCGAGAACCCGUCUCGAGAGUAUUCACUGAGCUUGGAGCAAUUGCAUAGGUCUUCUUCCCUCUCGAGGCUAGCAGAAACACCAGAAGGAAAGGAGAGAAACAGAAGCAGAGGAUGGACCAUUCCUUGGAGGUGGUCAAGAAUGCGAAAGGCCUACAGGAGAAAGAUGGGCAAAGCGGCGAGGAGACGGUCCUCCGACCAAUUUAACCAGAGAUUUUUGGAAUCCAGUUUGGCUGUGGAGCCGACAUUCUCAUCAGAGAAUCUUUCAAGGGAAGAGAUAGGUAUGGUGAUCAAAGACAGAAUCUCUGUCUCGGGCUCUAUUGACUCCUCCCUGACAGGAAUUGGUGGUCAUGAUGGUGAGGAUACUAAUAGUGGCACUAGCCUCAGUCUCAAGUAUCAGCCUAAAGUCUUCGAAGACAUUGUGGGACACGAAAUAAUUGUGAAGGCGAUAGCCACUGCUAUUCAGAGGAAAAGGAUUUCGAGUCUCUACCUGUUCCAUGGUCCUAGUGGGACAGGGAAGUCUUCGACAGCAAGAAUUCUGGCCAUGGCACUCAACUGUGAAUCUAAUUCACCCACUAGGCCAUGCUGGAGUUGCAGGGGUUGCUCUCGAAGCCUCUGUGUCAUGGAGAUGUGCUCAGGGAGCAGAUUUCCAGGGUUUGAAAAAGCAAAAACGCUCAUACAAAGUACUUCAUUCACACAAGCAUUACCAGGUCUGAAAGUUUUUAUCCUCGAAGAAUGUCAUCUAUUGACCGUGGAAGCUUGGGAUGAACUGUUGAGCAUAGCAGAGGGGCCGAAUGGGUCCACCAUAGUAUUCGUCCUCAUAACAAUGGGGGCAGAGGGGCUGCCUUCAUCAAUAUCAUCGAGGUGUCAGAAAUAUUGCUUCCUAAAGCUUAGAGAUGAAGAUAUCAAACGUAAGCUAACCCGAAUUGCUAUUGGGGAAGGAAUAAGACUCGAGAGAGAAGCUCUGGAACUGAUAAUUGCGAAAGCAGAAGGGUCUUUGACAGAAGCAGAAAAUAUAUUAGAUCAAUUGACCUUACUGGAUAGAAGAAUCACUACCUCGAUGGUUCAACAAAUUGUGGGUACUUUUGGAGAACUUUCUUCUUUCUUCUUCUCUCCAUUUAAGUGCUCAUUCAUUGACAGAGUAGUUCUCAUGUCUCUGCAGGUACACCUGAUUCCAAGAGAAAACCUCAAUCACUUGCUCAUAGCGGCACUUUCAGGGGACACUAUGAAGACCAUCCAACUCACCGCGGAGCUUAUUGGAUCAGGUGCUGAACCACAAGCUCUGACGUCCCAGUUGGCAUCUCUUAUCAAAGAUCACCUAUCAACAGCCGCUAUUACCACCCCUGGAUCAUCAUCAACUGCAUCAGGUAAAGCCAAAGUACAGCUAAGAAGUAUUUCACAGCAAAUUUACGUAAGUGUGCUCAUCCUUAUGUGUCAUUUUUACAACAACGUAAUCUCAGAAAAAUUUGCAGUAAAAGGUCACCCGGAGAAACUGUGCUAUGCUUUGAAAGUACUUGUUGAACUAGAGAAGCAACCAAGAUCAUUCAUUGACCAGAGUACACAAAUAUUUGCUGCCCUUCUACAAAUUGCUUCACCAGAUGCCCCUCAAAGAACAUCGCGCAGAAACUAUAUAGCGAAAGACAUGCCAUUACCCACAGUUGAAGGUGAUGAAGUCAAUUCAGAAUCACUAGAAGUAAAACAGCAGAGUAUAACCCAUAAAAGGUUCUCUUUUCACCAUAGUCACAAAACCUCAAAGGAAGAGAAUAAUAACUACAAAGUGACGAUGAUGACUGAAGAAAGCAACAAACUAAGAGGUAAAGCAACUGAGAGAGGGCCUGAAUCAAGCUGCAUUGCUAACAUAGAACAGAUCUGGCUAAAUAUGGUGGAUAGUAUUCAGAACAGGGACAUUAAAGAGUUCCUCAGUCACCAAGUAAACCUUGCAUCGUUGACGAUAUCUAGUGGCAAUGCUAUUGUUCACCUAAUGUUCAGAACCCCUGAGGACAAGAUGAAAGCACAGUUAUCUGAGGAAAGCAUAUCUAGGGCUCUACAAAGUGCUAUUGGUUGCCCUGUCACAGUAAAUAUGAGCAUCCAACCUAUUGACUUGACACUUAUUGAACAAGAUGCAGAUUCUAUUCCAAAAAGGCACCCAGCAGAAUGCAGUCAUUCAAGAAAACAACGAGCACCGGUCCACCAAAACAAUAUUCAUAGUACCACUUCUGGAGUCGGACGGAUGACACACCUCAAAGGAUGUCAAGUACCUUCUCCUCAGUCAGGCCCGACAGAACUUGCUGGGUACAACUCCCUGAGAGGAGAACGGAAACCAUUUGUUUCAGCUCAAGAGAAACUCUCUAUUUCUGAGCUCGCAUCAUCGGAAAAACAAGUGGACAUCUCAGCAUAUCAGGAGACAAAUGGUCUACCACCAUCAGCCAGAACCCAUGCUUUGAGAAUAAAAAAUCCUAAACAUAGAUGGCUGUCAUUAUCCUCCAUUCCACAGAGUGAUGCAAGUGUUGAAGCUUACAGCCAGGAUAUACUAUUUGAACAUGCAAACAAGGAUAGGGAGAACAAAGCAAGAAGAGAUCCCAAACUCCAGAAACACUUUUCUAAGGUUCAAGAAGAGCAUCACCCCCAAGUUGAUCCUAGAACAGAGGGACGUGAUCGCUCUUGGAGUUGCAAGGACAUCUUGUGUCAGCAGAAAAGAAAAGGAAAACAACGUUAAGCCUCAUGUCAGGUUUAGAUGCAUCUCUACAAAAAACGGAACUACAAAAGAGAGCAAUUUCCAUUGACAUUGCAAAUCUUGUCGAAGAGAAUAAAUCUUGUAUUUACGGUUUACUGAUGAAUACCAAAUAAGAAAGCAGGUCCACUCCAUUAUGAAGA